AUGGCUGGUAGUUCGGGGCACAAUAGUGCGGCGCCCGGACUUUUUCCCAGCCUUCCAAUCGAAGAACUUUCAGAUGCAGUUACUGUCGAUUCCGGGACAUUCACACGAGUCGUGAAUGUACUUCCGGAUGAUUACAAAGAUCAGAUGGCAGACGACAAAUUUUAUUUGACGCGAUUGUACCGGCGCAUGCAGGGUGAUAUGCAUGAACAAGGGCUGCUUUACCAGACGUUUAAUGAGUACGAUAGGGCACUGAAUAAAGAACUAAAAAUGCGAGAUAAAUUGAAAGAUACGGAAAAAUUAAGUUCCGAAAGUGGCAUUAGGCUUGGUACCGCAGAAGACAUUUAUACUACGUUUACAAGAGGAAUCACAUCGCCGGCGAAAGUGCAUUCUUCAUCAUCUAAGCGCUUCAAAUCGCUUUUCCACCGACAAAGAACUGAAAUGUCACUUUACAGAGAGAAAAAUUUGAUCUUGGAUGCAAAAUCUAACCAAACUGCUGUUAUUGAUGAGGAGAUUCUGGAGAAUGAUUAUAUUGACUGCCGAUUUGAAAAAAAUAAGCAUCUGGUAUGCGAAGAAAUCGAGGCCUCAACGUCUCGAAGCUCGUCGGAUUUGAUUUUCCAAGCGAAUCGCAUGCAUGCUGAAAGACCCACUAUACAGCGGAAGUUGAAAGUCCGGCAUCUACAAAUGAUAUCACUGGGCGCAACGAUUGGUGUCGGGGUGGUCUUGAAUUCUGGAAAAGCUUUCUCAAUUGCUGGACCUUUGGGAGCUUUGAUUGGAUAUGCUAUAGGUGGUUCUAUAAUAUUAGCGACUCUUCUUUCGUUUGCAGAAGUCGUGGCACUCAUUCCACUGAUCAGUGGCAUUUCAGGGUUUUGUUCUCGGUUUGUUGGGGAAGCAUUCGGGUUUAGUGUAGGCUGGUGUCAUUGGCUGUCCUAUGCGGUAGCAUUUCCGUCCGAGCUUAUCGCCUCGACCAUCAUACUUUCCUACUACCCGGUAUUUGCACCACUUUCCACAGACAAAGCUUGGACAGCAACUACAAUCACGGUGAUGGUAGUAGUCCUCACGUCGCUCAAUUUAAGCGACGUGCGGUUUUACGGAGAAUUCGAAUAUCUUGCAAGUGCUCUCAAGCUACUGGUAGUUUUGACACUUAUUCUUUUAAUGAUAAUACAAAAUGUGGGGGCCCUGGGAGGCCCUUUUAUCGGUUUUAAAUUCUGGAAUUCAAGCAAAUCUCCAUCCGCUGAUAUCACUUUUGGACCGUUUCGACCCACUUUCGAUCUUCUCGAUACGGGCUAUGGCUCGAAAAACGGCGUCCCGGGAUUUGGCGGCGGUAUUUGCAGCUGCAUCGCUUCGUCCUUGGUGGCAGUAUUCUCGUACGUUGGCUCCGAGAUAGGAUUUGUGGCGGCAAGUGAAGCUCAAAAUCCCCGCAAAGCAGUCCCCACAGUUACCAAGAGAAUAUUCACACGUGUGAUCGUAUUUUACAUUCUGUCCAUAUUCGUGGUUGGUCUCAAUUUUUAUUCUGGUGAUCCAAGACUGUUACGUUACUACUCGCCAAAUAAUGUAUCCGCGGCGUCCCAGACAAACUAUAGCAAUUUUGAUGGUGUCAUAAACUUACUAGGGGGACUUAAUUGCUAUACUGCGUCUAAUCCAAACUUCUUAUUGCACGAAAGCUCAAGUCAAUCUCCUUGGGUAAUUGCGUUACAGUCUAUCAAGAGAUGCCGUUUAUCGUCUGCUGUGAACGGACUUUUCGUUGGGAUCGGUAUUUCCGCUGCCAGUUCACAGCUCUACGCUUCAAGCCGAACACUGUACUCAAUGGCAACUCAACGAAAGGCACCAUCCUUUUUUCUAAGGUGCACCAAAGCAGGCGUUCCGUAUGCGUGUGUCAUUUUUUGUGGGCUCUUCGGGUUUUUGAGCUUACUGUGUCUGAAUCUGAACAGUACGGAGACUUUUGUUGUUUUCGUGAAUAUUGGCACAAUGGGCAGCGUUAUCAUGUGGAGUGCCAUGAAUUUUGCAUUUUUAAGAUUCUAUCUCGCGUUGAAGAGAAGACCCGACAUUAUCUCAAGACAUCUCAGAGAGUACCCGUACAAAUCGCCACUACAACCGUAUCUUGCUUGUUACGGGUUAGUCAUGACGCUGCUGCUGUUGCUGCUGAACGGGUUCCAGAAUUUUUUCUAUUGGCAAACCCAGAAUUUCAUUUCAAGCUACCUUACAAUCGUUGUGUUUCUCGUGUUGUUUGUUGGGUACGGUUGGCGGAAGGGAUACGCGAUUUACAGGCUGGACCAGAUAGAUUUGGAUUUAGGGAGACGCGAGCUCGACAGAGUCAUCUGGAAAGAAAAGAUUAAUUAUUCUUUGAGCAUGAAGGAACUGUUUAAUAGAUUUAUAAGUUACCUAUAA